AUGAUUUCCAGGAUUUUUGAAUAUUUAUUAAGGAAUUCGUUAACAGAUAAUAGGAAAAAAGAAAUAAUUUUUGAGUUUCCAGAAAAAAUAAUUUUAUGGAUAUAUUUUUGUUAGCUGAAUGGAUUUUUGAUUAAUAAAGUGGAGAAGAAUUUAACAAUUUAAUAAGAGAAUUAAUAUUUAUUCACGAUUCUUGAUUAUGCCAACUUUGUAAAGCCUCUAAGUGAAUUUUUAAAUUUUGAGAACAUGUCAAUUAUUUUGAUUGUACAAUUAAUAAUGUUUUAUGCUGGAAAUUUUACCCUUUUGUUGUUGAAAUAGGUAAUAUAAUCAAUAUUUUAUUAGAAAGUUAAAGUAGUUUGCAAUUACUUUGUUUUAUUUAAUUGGAUAAUGGUCUGUCCAUUUUAAACUGUAUUUGCCACGGUUUCAAGAAAAAAUUAAUUUAUUCACAAUUCAAUUUUGGAUUUAAAUACUAAUAAAUAGAUUUUUUUCUUAAUUAUUUCUAUAUUUGGAACAAUAAUAAUAACUACCACUUCUUUAUUAUCAAAUUUUAUUUUCUAAAAAAGAGAAAUUAAUUAGGGGAUACUUCUUAAAUACAAUUUUAAGCCUAAUUACUUAAUAGGCCCUUUAACUUAGCUCUUUAUAAUUAUCACAUGUUUAUUGUAAGAUUAGUUAUGGCAAAUUAUCACCCAUGUUUAACACUUAAUAAUUAUGUCCAUUCAUUUAAUAAUAGCAUUAUAGUUCCCUUUUGGACUUACUUCAACAUCACUUCAGUAUAAUUAAUUGGUCAUACUCAGUAUCUCCUUUAAUAUUCUCAUCUUUAUUUGGCAAUACUUUAGUCAUAACGAUUAAUUCAUCUUUUUGUCUUUGUUUAUAAUCGGAAUGGUAAUUAUGAUAUAUUAAAUAUGUAGUUAUUAUGGUAUUCUGUUGAUUUAAUAUUCUAAAGGAGAAUCGAUAAGAUAGUACAUAAAUUUUGUAAAAAAAGAGACACAUCACAAUUAGCUCAAGUAUUAGAAUAUUUUAUCUAAACUCAUUCAUAUACUUUGAAACAUUUAAUUCAACUAAAUAUCCAUAGAGUGCAUUGUUAAGAUCUACUUUGUCCUUGUCAAGAUUGUCAGUUAUUAGUUAUUGAUAAUAUUUCGAUAGUUCAAUUAGUAAAGAAAUAAUAAAAGAAGAAGAAGUUUUAUAUUUAAAAGUGGAUUAUGCAUUAAUACAAGACAUAUUUAUUAAAAACAGAAUUAACAAAAAAAUAGUAAAGUUUAAUAAUUUUGAACUAUUUAUCGUUUUAAAGAAUCUUCUUGGAAAAUUAUGUUUUAAUUUGUAAAACUAUAUACUAAUGUAUUGAAUAAACAGAAAAAGUAAAAAAGGAGAAAUACAAUGUUACUACAACGUUAUUAUAUGUGAUUCAAUAAAAUUGCAAAUAGCAAUUAAUAAUGCAAACAUUGUAAUAAGUAAAGAUAACUUAAUAAGAAUUCAUUAUUAUUACUGAUAUCAAUAUAAUGUAUGAAUUAGCAGAUAAGAUUGUUCUCCAUUUAUCUAAAGUAAUCGAAAAUUAAAUUUAAUUGUGGGAUAAAUAUUUAAGAAAUGAAAUAAAAAAUUUCGAUUAACUUUUGGAAAUUAUCCAUACAAUCAAACAGGAAAAAUAGUAAUGCCAAAUUCUAUUUGUAUUAUACUAAAACUUAAGAAAUUAAUCUAAGGAGAACAUAUAUUCUUUGAGAGUAAAAUUAUUAUUUUACAUUAUCAUAUAAUAAGAUUUAGUAUUAAUGACUAAGACUUAAUCUUAAUUAAUGUAGUAAGAAGAUGCAUAACAAUUUGAUUUGAAUUUCAAUGACUUUAACAAUCUGUCUUUUUUAACUGGCCAAGCACUGUCUAUAAUAUCAAACAUUAGUUCAGAAAAUCAAGGAAAAUUGGAGCAAUCAAUAACUAAAGAAUUUAACUAAUUUUUUGGAUAUAAUAAGGACGAAAAAAAGUUGACUCACAUCAAACAAUUAAUGCCAACUAAAUUUGCAGAGGUUCAUUCGGGAUUGGUUGAAAAUUUCUUUUUUAAAGGAUAAAGUGAUAGGAUUAAUAAUGCUUCUGUAGCAUUUAUUUUAAAUUCAAAAAAUUUAAUUGAGUAAAUUAAAUUAUGCUUAAGCUAUUUUUUCCCUGUUAACUUAAGAGACACAUCCUUUUACAUGAUUGCACAUGUUUAGAAAACAUCAAAAUAGGAGUAAGCCGUUCAUGAUGAAAACUUGACAGGUUAUUUCCUAAUUGAUAAAGAAUUUAAUAUUUUUGGAAUGACUCAAAACAUUUAUGAGAAAUUAAAUUACAGAUAUUAUUUCAAAAAUGAUGCAAAUGCGAAUUUAAUACUUCCUUAACAGUUUUAUGAUGAUCACAAUAUUUUCUCAUUGAUACCAUCAUUUUAACAGAAAUUGUAAAAUUAUUAUGAAAGAUAACCAAAUGAAUCUUUGAGAGAAAAUGAUGUAAUUUUUAUUAAAGAGAGAGGUCUGCUAAAAUUAGAUUUUCUGAAAUAAGAUUAGGAACCUUCUGCUACUAAAUAAUUUACUAAAAAAUUUUCAUUUGCUAAAUUUACAAAUAAGCACAUUUUGAAUUAAAUGCUUGACAAAAGUACUGAACUAUUUUAGAAUUCUGAAAAUAUUAAAUAUUUCCCCAUUGAAUAUACGGUUACUUAGAAAAUUUUACAUGCUUAUAAUCUAAAUAAUAAAAUAGAACCAUUUUUAUAUUAUUUGAUAGAAAUUGAGUUGUUAGAGGAUUUUAAAAAGGUUUCAGAUUUAAAUAUUAGUACCAAUAAAUUUUUGAAGCUUGAUAAUAAGAAGCAAUAAUCAUCUUAAAUAUUGGAAACAUAAAGAUAAACUACUGCUUAAUUGUUUUAGUUUGAAUCUAUAAAUUUUAUAACAAGUGAUCAUCUGAUUUCUUAAAACGGUGAUAAAUAAGCCCUUGUAAAAGCAUCUCCCUAAGAGAAUUUGAAAUAAGAAUAAAAGAUAGUAUCAAAAGGUCUGAUUCCUGAAUAAAAAAAGGCUUAAAUCAAAAAGUCUUCAAUAAUGAAUAUUCCUAAGAAAGUUCACAAUUUUGUUGAAUUUCUACAAACGAAUUGUUACCCAUCUAUAUUUCAUGGAAUGAUUGGGUUAAUAAUGAUUCACUUUCUUAUAGUCAUAUUCUAUAUCAUUAUUACUGCUAUUUUAUUUGAGUAGAAAAAGGAGAUUCAAUCAAAUUGCAUAAUUUAUACAUUUAGUGAUGUUGAUUAUUUUAAUGGUUUUAGUUUGAUUCUCUCUGGUUCUAGACACACAAUAUUUAACUCAAAUUAUCUUAAUUUAUUAGAACCACUAAUUUUAAAAGUGGACGAUUAGGCAUUUAAAUUGACAAGUAAGGAUUGCAUAGUAAUUUCAUGGCAUUUAUUACUAUCAGGUCAAUAUGAUCUUGUUGGGAAGUAUGAAAACUACUCUAAGAUACUCUUAGGAUAUGAAUAAAAAUAGAUCACUUACUAUUAUCCAGAUUAUUCUAAUUCAAAGAUCGAAAGCUAGAUUUUACUUGAUUAAGCUGCUUAUUACAAUGCGAUGUAUCUUUAAUUUUAUAUAACUUAUCGCAGUAUUUUAUCAUUGAAUGCCUACCUAUCUGGUGGAAAUGACAACAUAUUCCUGUAAUUAAAUUAUUUAAAUUUAGAGUGAGAUAAAGAUAUAUACUUUAUUUCAAUUAUUAAGAUGCCAUUGAAUUGACUGAUGAUUCAAUCUAAUCGUGCUAUGAUUAUAAUAAUGAUGCAAAUGAGUAUUUUGAUUCAUUCACUUAAAUAUGGUUUAUCAAUAUGUAUGUGGUAGCAGUCUUACUUCUAAUUUUCCACAUUGCAACUCUUCUUAGGAUUAAAAAGGUAAUACAGAUAUAUUUAAAAUAAUUUAUACAAGUAGAUUAUGAGGAAAGUUAAAUAAUAGUCAAAUAAUUUGAGAAUAUGUUACAAAACCUAAAAUAAGAAAACAUCUUAUUGAAAUACUAAGAGUUUGAAGCUAUCAAAUAGAUUCCAUAAAAUGUUUUAUAAGUUUUGUAAUAACAGGAAACUAAAACAACUUUAUCAGAUGAAAAUGAAAAUAAUAAUAAUCGCAAAAAAAGAGUCACCUCAAUUAAUGCCAAAAAAUUAAACUUUGCUAAUCCAUCAUUUUCAAUCAGGAAAUCACUGUUACUUUAUAUUUUGUUGAUGUUUCUUAAAGUUUCCUUUUUAGUCAUUUUUUAGAUAUAUUAUGAAUAUUUAUCUUCUGGAAUUGCACCUGCAGCCAAAAGAGAGUUAGAAUCAUAAUAACUGAGGUUAGAUUUCAUUAUGACAAUCAAUAUGUGGGAUACAUAUAUCUUAAAAUCAUUUUAUGAUGCUUCUCAACAUUUAGCAAAUACUAGUUCUAAAUUUAAUUAUAAAAAUUAAAACAUCAUGAAUAACUAAAAGCUAUUCAAUUUGUUAGAAAUUGAUAAACAGUAUUUAUUGGAUAAAAUCCAAGUGAUGCAAUCUUAUGACUUAACCGAUUUUUUAUAUCAUAAUACAGAUUAAUAAAAUUCGAAUUUGUUGAUUUCCGAAUCCAAUAAAUAAAUUUUGUUGGGUCAAGAUGUUUGCUAAUUGACGAAUUGUAAUAUGACAAAUGAUUUGUUCCACGAUCGUCCUUAUGCUGAAUAUUUGAUAGACUAUUAUUAAGUUGGCCUAAUAUAAUUAUUUAAGAAUGUCUUGUAAGUGAUUGCAGAGCACAAUUAUUUGAUAACAGAUGACUCUUUAACACCUGAAGAAAAAGUUUAAGGGAUUGUCUAGAUGUAUCAGUCUUUCAAUUAUUUUAUAUAUGUCUUUUAUGGAUUAGAUGCAACCUAAUAUCAGAUUGCAUAAUUUUGUAAAUAUUUUUUAGAUUAAACUCUAAAUUAAUUAGAAUAUUUAACAUCUUCAGACAUUGUUUAUAUUCUAACUUUUGGGAUUUUAUUGAUGAUAAUUACUUUUAUCGGCGAAUUCUACAUAAUGAUCCAUUACUUUAACAAAUUUGAAUUAGCAAAAGAAAGCAUAAGACAAAUACCAUUAGAGACCUUAUUUCAAAAAGGAAUCCCAAAAAAAUUAAACAAUAUUAUGAUGAAAUAUAAAUGA